AUGGGUAGUGGGAAUAUAUGGCAUCGCGCCAAAUCUGUGUUCUCUGGCCAACGCUACCAUGGUGUUCCCAACGAUCGGACAGAGAAAACUAGUCCCGAAUGGUCUAAUGAGAUAGAAGGACAGGAAAAUAUCGAGGGAAAUACCAAAACGGAGGCCAUUGCGCACGAGUCAUCAACCCAGAAGCCAUACUGGAUUAAUGGCGUCCUUCUCUGUGCCAAGGCAACUACUGCUCUGCUCCUGCUGAAUAUCAUCUUCAUUGCCGUCGCUGCUGGACUAUCCAGUAGAAACGCAGAGAACCGUGCAUUCUCUAGCGUUCAAGUUAUGUACAAGGGUAGCUGUGUCUUGUCCAAACGAUGGAACGUCGCCUUACACUUGAUAAUCAACGCACUCAGCACCGGAAUCUUGGGUGCUAGCAACUACUGCAUGCAGUCACUGGUCGCGCCGAGUCGGGAAGAAGUUGACAAAUAUCACGCGGAAGGCCGAUGGCUUGAUAUCGGGUGCUCGAGUGUGAGGAAUCUCUUUGUUAUUGGACGAUCCCGGCUCGCUCUCUGGCUGGUACUGCUUGUCACGGCGACACCCUUUCAUUUGUUAUACAACUCGAUGGUUUUUGAAUCCGUGGCCAUAAACGAGUUACAUGUUAUUGUGGGCCCUGGGGACUUGAAUUCUUCCAACAUCGCAAGCUUGAAGACUCCUGCGCUUGACCAGUGCUUUAGCAUAAAACCAAUAUUCCCUGGCGGAGAUCCUGCUGUAUAUCGGGGUGCUAAUGUUGACAGCGAUGACAUCAGCAACUCAUAUUUGUCAAAUGUUGUGGGCGAUGGGUAUCCUGAGGGCGAGUUGAACUGGCAAAACUUUGCCUCUGAUAUUGCGCGGGGGAAUUAUGAGCGCCUGAAUACUCAGCAAUGUAUGGGUCUUGACAGUUUCGGAAACAGCGGAGGGGCAAAGGUGGUCGUUAUGCUCACGAACGCGUUGUCUGUGAGCCAAGGUGGAAACACUGCGAUACUCUCGACAAGCCUAAUUAGCGGCCUGACCCAGGCCGAUAUGACCUUUAGUCACGACGUGGAGGGGUCUGAAUUCGCUGGCAAGACCUUGAUGAUCAAGAUCCUUGACUCUGGUCGAGCUCAUUACUACACAAACGACAAUUUCACACAAAAUGCCUGCCUUGACACUUUGGAUGACAGUUCCUGCUCGGAUGCCUACAAUGUGCUCAACUGGGCCAGCCUUGACAUGGAUCAGCCGACCCUUGAAAGAGUGAAUCGAUACAUCCAGGCUAACACCACAUCUGACAUCACGUCCAGUGGGUAUGUCACUACUUGCAAGGACAAAUCAAUGAAUGAAUCGAAGACUUAUAGCGUGGACGGAUGUCUUGUGAUCAAACCUAAAGACCGAUGCCAGUUGCUCUAUAGCCCUCCAAUUUGCAUUAUCAUUGCGCUUGCGACUUUCUUAAAAGUUGUAGCAAUGUUUCUGGCAGCAAGAAUAGGCCGUCAUCGAUCGCCACCUUUGCUCACCGUGGGUGAUGCGGUAGCAUCCUUUAUGGAGCGGCCAGACCGCACCACGGAAGGAAUGUGCUGGUUAUCCAACGCCGAUGUCCGUCGUGGAGCAUGGAAGGUAUCUCAGAAGACAGGGGACCCUGCUGAGGAGCCUUUGGAAGGGGAUCAGCGAGAGCCGAUGAUAUACAAGCGGUUAUCGCGACGCAAGCACUGGAUGCAGGCCGCGAGCCUGCCACGUUGGAUAACGACCCUCGUCUUAUGCCUCGCAUGUAUUGCUGUCGGAGCAUUUCUCUUUGAGCAAGCCCUCGCCCCACGAGGGGGAGGUCCCUGGGUGACAACUAGUACACUCCACGAAAUGUGGAAGGAAGGAUUCUCUGGCGCCAGGGGGUCCACUGCAUUUGUCGACCUGAAAAGGACACUGCCCACUUUGAGCUCUGUGGUCAUAGCUAAUAUGCCACAACUAAUUAUCACCGUCAGUUAUUUCUUCUACAACAGCGUACUGACCAGCAUGCUCGCGACUGCCGAAUACAGCUCCUACGGGGCAAGUCCGAAGCCCAUUCGAGUGACAUGGCCUAUCAAGAACACCAUGCAGCAGUCCACGUACUGGCUGUCCAUGCCAUAUCAGUAUGGAGUUCCCCUACUGGUGAUCUAUAUGGUCCUCCACUGGUUGAUUUCCCAGAGUAUAUUUUAUGUUCGGGUCAUGGCGUAUGACUGGAUUGGCCGACCGAUCUACCAAUUCUCGGUUAGCUCCCUGGGUUAUAACCCUCUGGCUAUCUUUAUUUCAAUCCUUGUGGGUGCGCUCAUGGUCUGUUUGUUGCUUGGACUAUCGCUCAGAAGGUUCAAGUCUGAAAUACCGUUAGCGGGGGCAUGUAGUGUUGCCAUUAGUGCUGCAUGCCAUGUGCCUAGAGACGAGCCUUUAGAUCAGGCAACUGGAGGUAUGGUGAUGUGGGGUGAAACUGUGGCAUCGCCAUCGUGGACUGGGGAUUGUGAUGGAAUUGAAGAUGACAAGAGGCAUUGUAGUUUUACAUCUUUGGAUACAGUGAGGCCUUCGUUAAGCAAGAUGUAUGCCUAG